GGUUAAGAGAACUACAGAGGAAAGGGUGCAAGGAUGACAGCAUUCAGCUAUCGCCUCAAGCCCCAGAAUUUCCCUUUUCCUGCCUGUAAUUGCACGGUGUCUGCAACACUACUCAACCAGAGCAAUCCUUUCAUCCUCAAGCCAGGCUUACGGUAUCUAUUGCUCUCAUUGCAACCCAGAACUGGAGCAAGCGAUUAAAAACUGCAAAGAGAAACAGUUCUGUCCACAGCUGUGUGUGAACAGCCACGCUUCUGUUUGGGAGCGUGCUGGCUUUGCAGAGGACUGCCAAGCACCUGAUUCUGUGCAGAAUUAAAAUAGACCUCAGCGUGGACUCCGACUGCGCGCUUACCGGCUGCGCGCACCAGGCACGAGCCCAGCCCCCAGUCGGGAUGAUGCUUCAUCAGAACCGCAAAACACAGCACCGUAAGAGCCACCACAAAUAGAAGGAAUCCACCCAGCCACAACCAGCACAAGCAGCCUGUGCGCGUGCCCUGCCUGCCCUUCCAUUGCUCAGCCAGCUGCCGUCGGGGACCGGGGCCCGGCUCCGGGUGCCUGAGGCCUCUCGGAGUCCUGGGAACAGUCCUGGGCCGCUCCGUGCUGGGGGAAGCGGCUGCUCUUUCGGCAGCAGGCCCGGCCUGCCUUAGGCACUGUCCUCAAGUAAGGGAGGCCUGGGAGGCCGUGGCUCGACAUCAAGGGGGAAGCCUGGGUCACAGCGGCAGCUGCUCCGUGGGCUACGGAGCACAGCGCCUGCAGCCCACUGCGCUGCCAGAGGCAGCUCUCUGUGAGGUGGGCGAUGACAUCGCUGCCCGCUGAUUGUGAUGUCACUGCAGCAGAGGGCCAGCCGACCGUCACGGCGGGCCUGGGCUCACUUUGCCGCCUGAGCGGUUUCACUGCCUUGGCAGAGAAGUGUGUCCAGCAGAACGGACCCGAGAGAGGAGCUGAGGAGCUGGCGCAUGCCCUCAACACCUACAUGGGGGACAUUCUGGAGGUGGUGCUGGAUUUUGGAGGAGACAUCCUGAAGUUUGCAGGGGAUGCUGUGCUGGUGCUGUGGAGAGCAGCACAGCCUCACCUGCCUACAGCCAUCAACCUGGCGCUGCAGUGCUCCAGUGAAAUCCAGAAGAAGUACGGCACUCAUGACACACACAUGGGUCUCAUGCUCCACCUGAAGAUAGGGAUCUCCGCCGGGAUUUUCUCCUUCAUAUCUGUCAGAGGCGGGGAUCGUCAGUACUUCUUCAUCUGCAACCAGGCCCUGGACGAAGUUAUCGAGGCCCAAAACCUUUCGGCUGCCUAUGAAAUCGUGCUGUCACAGACCUGCUGGGAGCUGUGUGAGCAGCAACGAAUCAGGGCCAACUAUAUUGCUGGCAGAAGGGCCGUGAAGGUUGUGGAAAUGAGGCACUUAACUCGCCAGGAAUACCGAGAUGCUGUAGACCAGCUGAACAUGUACAGAGGGGAUUGGCAUUUGGAAGGGAUGGCCCUCCAAAGGCCGGUUCUUAGGAGCUCUGCUGGUCCUGAAGUGGGAGCGAGGCUGGAGAAGCACAUAUCGACAGCUGUUCUCCAGAAGCUUUAUCAGAACGUGCCACUGGAGCUGUGCUCGGAGCUACGGCCGGUCACCUGCCUCUUUGUCCAGCUGCAGUUUGCUGACAAGAUCAGCACAGUGGAGCUCAGCAGCAGCCUCAGCAAUAGCAGCAGUAUGAUUUCAGAAAUCAUCAGCCCUCACAAGGGUGAAAUCAACAAAAGUCUUCUGUUUGACAAGGGUUGCACCUUCCUCUGCGUGUUUGGAUUUCCGGGAGAAAAGCUGGCCUGUGAGAGCACCCACGCCUUGGAAUGUGCUAUGCAGAUCCUCUGCAUGGCCUCCACGGAGCUGGGAAAACUCCAGCAAGUUUCUGUCGGGGUCAGCAGCGGGACGGUGUUCUGCGGCCUCACUGGCCAUCCCGAGAGGUUUGAACACACAGUCCUUGGCUUUAAGGUGAAUUUGGCCGCCCGCAUGAUGAUGGCCUACCCAGGGAUGGUGUCCUGUGAUGCAGAGACGUAUGCAGCCUCUCGCCUGCCCAGCUACUGCUUCAAAGAGUUGCCACAGAGAGACAUGAAAGGUGUUACCAAUCCCGUCACCAUCUAUCAAUACAUGGGGAUCACCAAGCAGUAAGUGUUC